UGAGGCUCUGGGCUCUGCUGCUGUCAGACGCCAACGCUUCCUCGCUUCACUUGUCCCCUUCGGCCACAGGCUAGGACAGGUGCGUAUGCGGCUAUGAAACCGACUCCCCACUGACGCCUUCUCAGAGCAAUUUGCACCUUCCUAGCUGGCAGCUAUAGAAAUGGAAAAUGCUGAAGUGGUUGUAAGCAGCUGCAGCUCUCAUGAUGAUGAUAAUCUUUACAGUUACAAACAACACCCAUCCAUUUCACAGGAGCUGCUUUUGGAAGACGAGCUUAGAAGGAAACUUAAAUUUUUUUUCAUGAACCCAUGUGAGAAAUUUUGGGCCCGGGGUAGAAAACCUUGGAAACUUGGGAUUCAACUUCUAAAAAUAGUGAUGGUUACCAUCCAGUUAGUAGUUUUUGGGUUAAGCAAUCAAAUGGUGGUUGCCUUCAAGGAGGAGAACACUGUGGCAUUCAAGCAUCUCUUCUUGAAAGGAUAUACAGAAAGAAUGGAUGAUACCUAUGCUGUAUACACACAAACAGAUGUCUAUGACCAGAUCUUCUUUGCAAUAAACCAGUACUUACAGCUGCGCAACAUAUCUGUUGGAAAUCAUGCUUAUGAGAGGAGAGGAGGAGAACAAACAGCUAUGGCAAUCUGUCAACAGUUCUACAAGCGAGGAAGCAUCUGUCCUGGAAAUGACACCUUUGAUAUCGACCCCAACAUUGAAACUGAAUGUUUCUAUGUUGAGCCAAUGAUGCCUUUGGAAAACAGAACACUGGGAAAGCACAAGAUCAAUUUCACUUUGGACUUUUAUAGACUUGUAACAGUACAGCUUACCUUUAAACUGAAAGCAAUCAAUCUCCAGACAGUUCGUCACCAUGAACUCCCGGACUGUUAUGACUUUACUUUGACAAUAGUGUUUGAUAACAAAGCACAUAGUGGAAGAAUUAAAAUAAGUCUGGACAAUGAUAUUGCCAUCAGGGAAUGUAAAGACUGGCAUGUUUCUGGAUCAAUACAAAAGAAUACUCAUUACAUGAUGAUCUUUGAUGCCUUUGUCAUAUUGACUUGUUUAGCCUCAUUGAUCCUCUGCACACGAUCAGUGGUUAAAGGAUUUCGGCUCCAAAGGGAAUUUGUAAGUUUUUUCCGACAUCAUAAGAAAGAAGUAUCUUUCACAGAUCAAAUGGAAUUUGUCAAUGGGUGGUACAUCCUGAUUAUUGUUAGUGAUGUCUUAACUAUUGUUGGCUCCACACUAAAAAUGGAAAUACAAGCUAAGAGUCUGACAAGUUAUGAUGUCUGUAGUAUCCUCCUAGGAACUUCCACCAUGCUUGUUUGGCUUGGAGUUAUUCGAUACCUAGGUUUCUUUCAGAAGUAUAAUCUGCUUAUUCUGACACUACGGUCAGCAUUGCCCAAUGUCAUUAGAUUCUGCUGUUGUGCUGCUAUGAUCUAUCUGGGCUAUUGUUUCUGUGGAUGGAUUGUACUGGGGCCAUAUCAUGUUAAGUUCCGUUCUCUGAAUAUGGUUUCAGAAUGCCUUUUCUCACUGAUAAAUGGAGAUGAUAUGUUUGCCACAUUUGCAAAAAUGCAGCAGAAAAGUUACUUGGUUUGGUUAUUUAGUCGGCUUUACCUCUACUCCUUCAUCAGCCUGUUCAUCUAUAUGGUGCUAAGUCUCUUCAUUGCACUGAUCACAGAUACAUAUGAAACAAUUAAGCAUUACCAGCAAGAUGGCUUUCCAGAGACGGAACUCCAUGACUUUAUAUCGCAGUGUAAAGACCUACCAAACUCAGGCAGAUACAGAUUAGAAGAGGAGAGUCCUGUGUCUAUCUUCUGUUGCUGUAAACGGUCCUAAUGAAGAUAUUUACAAGAACGUGGGAGUGAAUUCUGGAGACUUUU